AUGUUUGGGAGAGGUAAAAAAAAAGAGACACAACCGGAGACACCACCGAAGAAGGACCUCAUCAAGGUCUCUAUACCCUUUGAACAUCCCCCUGCCUAUCUGAAACCUCCUGCCGAAAAGGAGCUUUCCGAAGAGGAGAAGCAGAAAUACCUCACUGUUCUCAAGCAUUUCCAGGAUCCAGAGCUUAAGGUUCCCACCACUGAGCACCACAAGGGCGAAUUGCAGCCUUUAAGUGCCGAUCAAAAAGCAUGGCUUACAAGAGAAUGCUUCCUGAGAUAUUUGCGCGCCACCAAGUGGGAUGUGUCCCACGCAAUCAAAAGAAUUGAAGGAACGUUGGGUUGGAGAACCGAGUUUGGUAUUGAUCACUACCUUGAUGAAUCCAGGAACAUCGUCACUCCCGAACUAGUCGCGCCAGAAUCAGAGACAGGCAAGGAGGUUGUCUUGGGUUUCGACAACCAAUGCAGACCAUGCUUGUACCUUAAGCCAGGGCGGCAAAACACAAAAACGUCGUUCAGACAAGUCCAGCACUUGGUUUUCUUCCUAGAAAGGGUGAUUGACUUUAUGCCAUCGGGUCAAGACUCUCUUGCGCUAUUGAUCGACUUCAAGAACCAUCCGGAAAUUGCUGCGCAGUCAGAGACUUCCAAGGUGCCCCCGCUCGGAGUCGGUAAGCAAGUGCUACAUAUUCUUCAGACACACUAUCCUGAAAGGCUUGGUAAAGCAUUAUUAACUAAUAUUCCGUUCUUGGGUAGAACUUUCCUCAAGUUGAUCUACCCUUUCAUUGAUCCAUUGACUAGAGAGAAACUUGUGUUUGACGCCGACUUCUCUCAAUUCUGUCCCGCAGAGCAGCUGGACAAGGAAUUUGAUGGGCUAGUGGACUUUGAAUAUGAUCACGAAGUCUACUAUCCUGCGCUUGUCGAGAUGGCUCACAAGAAGAGAGCUCACUACAUGAAGAGGUUUGAGGAGCUAGGAGGAGUCGCUGGACUUAGCGAGAUCGAUCUUAGAGGAGAUGGCCCCGCCAGCGUUCCGGUUGGCUCGCACCCUACGGAUCCAAAAGUUGACGACUUGGCAGAUGAAACUGCCAAUUUGAGCGUUGAGUAG